UAUCUAAGACUGAUAAUAAAUGCUGAAUGUUUUGGUUUCAACAGGGGGCGUUUCUGGAAAAAUUGGGCAUUUGCCAUAAGUAUAGCUUCCUCAGGGUUAUGUAUGAUGCCAUACCAACAAUGAAGGACUCAAAGUUGAUAAUAAAGGACCUGGUUUUUAAUGGGGUGCCUGUGAGGGUGUACUGGCCCAAGACAUCACCUGCUGGGAACAGGAGAGGAAUCAUCUAUCUUCAUGGAGGUGCUGCACUCAUUGGAAGCAUCCGAGUCUAUGAAAAAGUCUGCCGUUCCAUUGCCCACCAAAGUGAUUCAGUGGUUAUGAGUGUUGGAUUUCGUUUAGCUCCCAAGCAUCCCUAUCCAGUCCCUGUACUGGACUGUUUAACUGCUGCAAUAUACUUUCUGAAGAAUGCCAAGGAAUAUGGAGUGGACCCAAACUGCAUUGCCAUUGUUGGGGAUAGUAGUGGAGGCACAUUUGCUGCAGCUGUUUGUCAAGAACUGGUGACCAGAGAGGACCUUCCAAGAUUGCGAGCUCAGGUCCUGAUCUACCCAUUCCUACAAACUGUGGACUUCGAUUUGCCAUCCUAUCAGCAAAACCAAUCAGUUCCUCCCUUGUUCAGGAAACGAGCUGUUAAAUUUGGUUCGGCAUAUAUCACUGGGAAGGAGAUACGGGAAAAUGUAGACGGGGUUAUAAAAGGCGCCCAUAUCCCUCCUGAUUUGCGGGAGAAAUACCGAAAAUGGAUCAGUGCUGAUAACAUUCCAGAAGAAUUUAAGGCUAGGGGCUAUGUCCCUAAAGCUCCUGCCCCAUUUUCAGAAGAACUUUAUGAACAACAUAAAAUAGGUCUUGAGGCAAUGUUUUCCCCCCUUCUAGCAGAGGAUGACAUAAUCCGCCAGCUCCCGGAGACUUUCAUUCUAACUUGUGAGUAUGAUGUUCUCCGGGAUGAUGGGCUGUUGUACAAGAAGCGGUUAGAGGACAACAGUGUGCCAGUGACACAUCAUCAUCUUCCAGAUGCAGGCCAUGCAGGACUUAGCAUUUUUGGUUGGGGGCCACUUGAAUUUCCGAGCUCAAAGAAAUGUUUGCAGCAUGUAGUACAGUUCUUAAAAGUUUUAUAGAAAUGAAUGACCGUCUUU